UCCCUCUGUGCCCAGAGCCCCCGAUGUCGGCCAACGUCACGAUGAAGCCCCUCUGUCCCCUCCUGGAGCAGAUGAGCCACCUCCAAAGCCACAGGAACUCCAGCACCCGCUACAUUGACCACGCGUCAGUGCUGCUGCACGGGCUGGCCUCGCUGCUGGGCCUGGCGGAGAACGGACUCAUCCUCUUCGUGGUGGGCUGCCGCAUGCGCCAGACCGUGGUCACCACCUGGGUGCUGCACCUGGCACUGUCUGACCUGCUGGCCACUGCCUCCCUGCCUUUCUUCACCUACUUCCUGGCCGUGGGCCACUCCUGGGAGCUGGGCACCAUCUUCUGCAAGCUGCACUCCUCCAUCUUCUUCCUCAACAUGUUCGCCAGCGGCUUCCUGCUCAGCGCCAUCAGUCUGGACCGCUGCCUGCAGGUGGUGCGGCCCGUGUGGGCACAGAACCACCGCACGGUGGCCAUGGCCCACAGGGUAUGCCUGGCGCUCUGGGCCCUGGCCGUGCUCAACACCGUGCCCUACUUCAUCUUCCGGGACACCAUCCCGCGGGCGGACGGGCGCAUCAUGUGCUACUACAACGUGCUGCUCCUGAACCCCGGGCCCGACCGCGAUGCCACAUGCAACUCGCGCCAGAUGGCCCUGGCCGUCAGCAAGUUCCUGCUGGCCUUCGUGGUGCCGCUGGCCAUCAUCGCCUCGAGCCACGUGGCCGUGAGCGCGCAUUUGCACCACCGCGGCCGCCGGCGGCCCGGCCGCUUCGUGCGCCUGGUGGCGGCCGUGGUGGCGGCCUUCGCGCUCUGCUGGGGGCCCUACCACGUGUUCAGCUUGAUGGAGGCGCGGUCGCACGCGGACCCCGCGCUGCGGCCUCUCGUGUGGCGCGGGCUGCCGUUCGUCACCAGCCUGGCCUUCGUCAACAGCGUGGUCAACCCGCUGCUCUACGUGUUCACCUGCCCCGACGUGCUGCGCAAGCUGCGGCGCUCGCUGCGGAGCGUGCUGGAGAGCGUGCUGGUGGACGACAGCGAGCUGGGCGGCGGGGGCAGCAGCCGCCGCCGCCCCUCCUCCACCAACACCUCGGCCUCCGCCUCCUCGCUGGGCGGCCGCCGCCUGUCCCCGCUCGGGCCCGCAGGCCUGCUCGGCUGUCUGCGGGGUGGCCGCGCGGCGCCCCCGCAGAGGGACCGGGCCCGAUCCCAGGACGAGAGGGGCCCCCUGAACCGGGCGCUGCGCACCAGCUCGGCGUAG